AUGUCCGAUCCGCUUUCCGUCGCGGGGAGCGCGGUCGGCAUCAUUUCGUUGGGUAUACAGGUCUGCCAAGGCCUCAUUUCUUACCUUCAAUCUUUCAAAAGUCAAGAUCAAGACAUACAGGAAAGUCUCAGCGACGUUCAAAGCGUCAUAUCAAUCCUGUAUUCCCUGAAGGAUAUCUUACCAAAGGUUGAAGAAAGAUCUUCUGGAACACCAGCUAUCCGUCGAUGCUUGGCCGAGAGUGAAGAAAAGCUUCGUGAAUUCCAACAAUUCUCACUCAAGCUCCGUGGUACACACAGCCCAGAGCACAAUGUGCUGAGAAGGAUGGAUAAUGCCAGACUCGCGCUGCUAUAUCCCUUUCGUGAAGGGAAACUGAAGUCACUUUGCCAGUCAUUGAAGGGAUUGCUGCAAAAUCUGACUCUCUGCUUGGAUAUCACGUCACUGGACGUCGCAGUCGGAAUCCACGCUAAUGUUGAUGUCCUUGGGAAUGCCUUCAAAGACCAAGACGCAAACGUGGCCAAGCUCUAUGACCAACUUCAACGCCUAGACAACAGCAUGUCAGCUUACUACAAGGAUUUGAAGAGUGAGAUAUCUCAGGCUCAUCUAUUUGCGGAAGGAUUCCGACAAGAGAUUGGCGGACAGCUGAGGCUGAUCAGCACUGACAUUGGCUCUCUUAUGUCCAUCGAUCGACGCCACCAAGAAUAUAUGAACCAACGUCUUAUGGAAGCUUUCGAUGAACUCAAAAGACAGAACAACUUUCAGAACGAAUUGAUGCAAUCAACUCUGGGUGUGGAUAACAUGUAUAUUCAGAACACGGGAUCGAGGCAAGCUACCCCUCUUGCAAGAAAAAGGGAUCCAAAGCAGCUCACUGCCAACCCCCUUGGCUGUACCUGCGAGCGGCAGCAAGAAUAUUCAACAUUGUCCUAUCGCUUCUGGCAUGCUACGUUUGAAAUCGACCAGCCGACGAAAAGAAUCGCCAGGGCACAGUUUCCAUUCAAGCUCGGGGCUAUUUCUUCGAGACUCUUUCUCGCAUGCAUCGAGUAUUCUCUCGGGACAGCAACUCCUGGGAUAUCUAUCCGAUAUAGAAGCAUUGUUCCAAGAUCUCGCAGUCCAGUCUAUGAUGUGACGCAGGAGCUCUACAAACAGAUAGUAGGACGAUCGAAAGGGGUCACAGCAAACGAGAUCUCAUUGAGAUUUACAGAAGCUGAGCGUACGAUUCUCUCUCUCUAUAGAGACAGGCAGACCUCUCCAUACGACCAAGAUGAAGAUGGAAGGACUCACGCUCUGCUAGUAUAUGAGAAAACACUUUCCCUACUUGACGGAUUUAUGCGCAAAAAACUCGCUCAAUUUACUGUUGAAUCACUUAUUUUAUCGGCGAGGAGACUGAUAGAAACACUUGCUAGUACUGCUGGCGAUGAAAAUGGAACAACCAUGCUUGAAGUAGCCAUUGCUAAGUCUCCUGAGGCGGUAACAGAGAGUUUAUACGGAGCUACGACUGUUCGACUCUGUUUGUGUUGGCCCGAGGGCCUAAGCAGACUUCUGCAGACCAAGGCUGUUGACGUUGUGGAUGAAUAUGAUCUUCAAGCAGGUGUCGAUGCGGAUUUUAUAGAAUCUGUGGAUCUGCUAUUGAAAGCUGGAUGUCCCGUGAACUACGGAUUUACAACAAAACUCAUCUUCCGCGACGCUUCUGAACGAUGUAUGGAUGUCAUUGCUUCGAACCUGGCUAGAAGAAGAUCAGAUUUGCUUUCUCUGGCGCAACAACAGCAGGUUGUUGGCCAAGAUCUGGUACUUACCUCUGAUAUCCCAGACGACCAAGCAAGCUACCUUUGUUCAUGCCUUAAUAAUUCUGGCAUCAUCAUUCCGCCCGCACUCAGAGUUCCAUCCGACUAUUCAACAAUCUAUCACUUCUACGCGUUGGAAUCAUACGUCAAGGAAUACAAUAAACCAGUACCAGCGGCCCUAUGCGAUUUCUUCCACAUCGCGAUUCAAGAUACCGAAUCAAGUGAUUCACGCAUAUCAGACUGGUGCAUCGAAGUUAUCCGAUUUUUGACUUUCGAGGCUUUAGAAAUGACACAUACUUGUUGUGAUUUCGCUGUCGUCUAUAGGCCAGAUAUAUCAUCAAACAACUUUAAUGUGCUGAUGAAAUGCGACCCAGAAAGGUGGCAGAAAAUCAGAAGUGACAAGCGAGAACAAGAAAACGCCGUGCUCUUAGAAGCUUUAAUGGAAGAGUUCAUAGCAUACAUGGUCGGCAUGCAAUCAUCUCCAAGGUCUCUGGAGAUAUUCGUCAAUAGUUAUUGGCGGCAGCGCAUGUCGGAGGUCUACUCUGUUGACUCCGACGAGAUCAGAGACAUAAUGAAUUGCUUGAUCGACACCAAGACCUAUGUGCUGCCGGACAGGGUUAGACCUUUGCUUCGUAAGGGCUUCAAACUGAUUAAACAGCAAGAUCUGAAGCCAGAGCUGACGCCAGUCGGCGAAACAUCUGACGAUAACAAGGUAGAGUUGGGCGAUGAGCCCUUCGAACUGCCCUUUUGCAAGUGGUGUUUAGUCAGAUCAGGAAACAAGGCUCGAUGA